CACCUGGUAUCACUGCUGGCAACCUAUGAGCAAUUCAGCAAAUUUUAUCUCAUCUUCCCAUGGGCAGAAGCCAAUCUUGAAGAAUACUGGAAAAAUCGAGAACCUAAUCCGACGAUGAACCACGAGACUGUUCUCUGGAUAGCAAAACAAUGUCGAGGCCUUGCGGAUGGAUUGGCCCGAAUUCACCGCUGGGACUCGUUUCCCAAGACACCAGACACUAACGGGACCCGAGGACGACAACAGAACCUUGUCGUUCCCACACUAGACACUGGAGAAAACCAUCUCAUCGGUCACCACGGCGACAUCAAGCCACAAAACGUCUUAUGGUUCCAGAACCCAGAAGAGAAGACUGAUCGAGGAACACUCAAGAUUACAGAUUUCGGCCUGAGUGAAUUCAAAGCAAGCCAUACCACGUUCCACAAAGCAGGAAGCCGCUCUCCAGUUUCUCCGAGUUUUCGUCCACCCGAAUAUGACUUAACGGGACAGAACGGCCGCUCCCACGACAUAUGGGCCCUGGGAUGCGUGUAUUUGGACUUCGUUACCUGGUUACUAGGCGGCUGGGACAUGGUAGCAAAUUUUGCACACGAACGGUCGGCGGUGGAUCCAAACUGGAAGGACUUGCCUACCGAUACCUACUUCGAAAUAAAGAGGAAAGGAUAUGAAAGAAUAGCUGCCGUCAAGCCAGCUGUCAAAAGAUUCAUAAGAAGUUUACAUGGCCAUUCAAAAUGUACCGAGUACUUGCACGAUUUUCUCAACCUUAUUGAGAUGGAUAUGCUGCACCCCAAACCACACAGCCAUUCGGAAGAGAGCCGGAUUGAAAUCCGGGAACUCAAGUUGAAGCUGACCGAACUACAUGCGAAGUGCGAUCAAGAACACUACGCUCUUACGCCAGCUUCUUGGAACCAGACAUGUUGUAAAAGCCUGUAA